AUGAAGUUAAUUAAACGAGCACUUCCUUCUGGUGAAACUUUACCCGAAUCAUUCUAUGGAGCAAAAAAAGUGAUUCGAAGUUUAGGUCUUCGUUAUGAAAAAAUACAUGCUUGUGAAAAUGAUUGUAUGCUGUUUUGGAAACAUAAUGCAAAAGCUGAAUCUUGCUUGGUUUGUGGCGAGUCUUGGUGGAAAUCAAGGGAAGGUCAAAAAGCUGAUGGGGCUACUACAGAAAAAAAUGGGAGCAAAAUUCCUCAAAAAGUUUUACGUUACUUUCCUUUGAAACCAAGAUUGCAAAGGUUGUUUACGUCAUCAGAAAUAGCUUCAGACAUGACAUGGCAUCACGAUCAACGUUUGAAAGAUGGGGUUCUUAGACAUCCAGCCGACUCAGAUGCAUGGAAACAUUUUGAUACAUCUAACCCGGGCUUUGCCAGAGAUCCUCGUAAUGUUAGACUUGGAUUAGCAUCUGAUGGGAUAAAUCCUUUCGGCAAUUUAAGUGUUUCUCAUAGCACUUGGCCAGUAAUUAUUACUGUGUAUAACUUACCCCCUUGGAUGUGCAUGAAGCAACCAUAUUGCUUCUUGUCUUUGUUGAUACCUGGCCCUAAAGCUCCUGGAAAUGAUAUUGAUGUGUACUUAGAACCUUUGGUGGAUGAGUUACAAGAAUUGUGGUAUAAUGGAGUCGAUACAUAUGAUGCUUCGAGAAAGGAAAACUUCUGUAUGCGGGCAGCACUCUUAUGGACUAUAAAUAAUUUUCCAGCUUAUGCCUACUUGUCUGGAUGGAGCACAAAGGGAGCUUUGGCUUGCCCUUCAUGCAACAAAGAGACUCUGUCUACUCGAUUAAAGUAUGGUCGUAAGUUCUCUUACAUAGGUGCUCGUAGGUUUUUAUCGCUUAAUCAUAGGUGGCGGGGAAAUAAACGUGAUUUUAAUGGGAAAGUAGAAAGAAGACCUGCUCCAAAAAUUCUCUCUGGAGAUGAUAUUUUAAACCAGUUGGAUAGCUUGGAAGACAUUAAAUUUGGUAAGACCCAAAAGAGAAAAAGAUACGAAAAAAGUAAAGGCAUUCAUAAUUGGAGGAAGAAAAGCAUCUUUUUCAUACGUAACAAUUUAGACGUCAUGCAUAUUGAAAAAAAUGUGUGUGAUAAUAUUAUUGGGACGUUAUUAGAUAUGGAAGGAAAAACGAAAGAUAAUUUGAAUGCUCGUCGUGAUUUGAAGGAAAUGGGUAUAAGAAAAGAUUUGCAUCCAACUCAAAAAGAUGGAAAGUGGUAUUAUCCAGCAGCAUGCUAUAGUUUAUCACCAGAUGAGAAGUCUAAAGUAUGCAAGUUCUUGAAAACUAUUAAGGUUCUAGAUGGAUAUUCUUCCAAUUUAUCACGGUGUGUAAAGUUAGAGGAUCGUAAAAUUUAUGGACUGAAGAGUCAUGACUCUCAUAUUCUUUUGGAACAACUGCUUCCUUUUGCAAUCCGCGGAAUCCUACCAAACCAUGUCUAUGCUGCUAUUACCGAGCUAAGCAUUUUCUUCAGAGAGUUAUGUUCAAAAAAUGUACGAGUUGAUGUGUUAGAUCGGCUUGCAACUCAAAUUCCAAUUACGUUGAGCAAAAUAGAAAAAAUAUUUUUGCCAACAUUCUUUGAUAUUAUGGUGCGCUUGGUCAUUCAUCUUCCACAAGAGGCCAAGAUUGCUGGACCUGUACAAUACAGAUGGAUAUUCUUGCGCAAAUUGAAAUGUUAUGUUCGUAAUAGAUGUCGACCUGAAGGAUCUAUUGCAGAAGGGUAUAUUGUUGAAGAAAGUUUAAUAUUUUGUUCAAGGUAUUUACAUGGAAAUGGGAGAGGGUUUAAUCCAGUGGACAAAAAUUAUGACGGUGAUCAUGCUGAGUCAUGCAAUGGAUUAUCAAUAUUUGAGCAGAAGGGUUGCCCUUUAUUAAGCGAUACAUCUAGAACUCUUGAAGAGGUUGAACGAAAACAAGCUCAUCUUUAUGUUUUGAGAAAUUGUGAAGAAGUUCAACCAUUUCUACGUGAGUACGAGAACAAUAGGAACAUGAACUUCGAUGAUUGGUUUUUUCAUCGAAUCGUGCAAAUGCGCAAGGAAAAAAAUUCACAUGCAAGUCGCGGGUUGUAUUCUUUGGCUAAAGGUCCUUUUGAUGGAGUCCAAAGAUUCAAAGGAUAUGAAAUAAAUGAUUUUAGAUUUCAUACUAAACAACUGGAAGGAAAUAGAGUGAAGCAAAAUAGUGGUNGGGAGGGAGCAUACUUUGGGAAUAGCAGAUAA